AUGUCCGACCCGGAGUCUUCGGUGGCGGCGCCCGCCUCGUCCUCACCAUAUCUCCCGGCCAACGACUCCAAUUCCCUCAACUACGCCUUCCUGGUUCAUUCCCAGAAGACCUUGACACAGAACCUGCCGCCUCGCGUCGACAACAAGCUUCUUGCUCGUCAAAAGAGGCGUCGAACCAGUCCGGAAGACCAUGCCAUUCUAGAGGCGGAAUACCAGCGGAAUCCCAAGCCAGACAAAGUAGCUCGAGGCGAGAUCGUGAACCGCGUCUCGCUCGGCGAGAAAGAGGUCCAGAUCUGGUUCCAAAACCGCCGCCAGAACGACCGACGCAAAUCCAAGCCUCUCCAACCGCACGAACUGCUUGCACCGCGAUCAAGCAUGUCCGACUCGUCGGGUCUGUUGCCAAGUGAUGAUACCGCGUCUGGAGAGCCGGGGUUCUCUAGUGGGGCCGAGCAGAUGGAGGGCCACGACCGACCAGAGGGGACUCGACCGAGAUCAUGGGGUGGCGAGCUGUUGCAGUUGUCUGAUCCAUCUGAUCCAGUGACUGGUGACAAGGACGAGCCUGAACUGCCGCCGCAGAGCACACAGACAAGUGUGGCAACAGAUGUGGAGGAUACCCCGCCGACCACACAGGAAGAAUUUCACGCGCCCGAGUCAGGACUCAACACCCAAGAACAAGAUAUUUCCCAGGAGGAUUCGUUGCUGCAGGUUCCGAAAAGAAAACGGUCGCUGUCGGAUAUGCAGGGCGAGGGAGAAGUGAGCCAGCGAGCAGUGGAGGUGAAUACCACACCGGUGAAGUCGCCUCCCUCUCUGCGGUUGUCGUUCUCGUUCGAUGGUGAAGCUAUGGUCCGGAAGGAAGACGAGAUGACACCGUCUCCGCCCAAGGGUCGGAACGCGUUGCGGAUUGCAAUGUCAUCUGAUGGCAAGGCUGUGAUCCGAGCAGAGAACGAGCCGUCUCCGUCCAAGAACCGUGCCGCAAUGUUCUCUGUACGCCGCACGAAGAUGUCAAGUCUGCAUCGCAGCAACAGUGCCAUCCUCCCGGCCACCCCGCGGGCGGGCCUGACCGAGAAGGAUCGGACCUUUGGCCGGUCUCGCGACCCUCGCAACUGGGAAUCAUUUUUCGAUACCGACGCGCGAAGUGCCCUGUCCACCCCUACCAGCUCUCAAACCGCUCCCAACGCCUCCCCUGGUCUCUUCCACUCCCGCUCCAACCGCACACUCUCCCGAAGCGCGUCUGGCCGACAGAGUCUUGUUUCUGUCCACGCCGACGCAAGCCGCACACCGAUUUCCCAAUCAAUGGGAGAAAAGAGGCGAAAGCUUUCUCGCACCGUCUCCUCCCUGGGUAGACUAGAGACUGAACGGAACCGGUCAUUGAACCAACCGUCGAACCUGUCCAAGCCGCUGACCUCCAAGUCCGGCAAACACGACCUGGAACUGGACCCUGGUGACUCCGACAAGGAAAACUGGCUCCCAGGUACGCGAACAAGCCAAGUCCGUCGCCGCAAAACCUCCCAUGCUUCACGGUCUGUUUUGCGGGAUGCCAACCGCAACCGGGGACUGGGUAUCACAUCCAGCGGCAAGCGCAACAGGCCAUUUGCAUCGGGUACGCAGGGCAAAUCUCCGCCUGAUAUGAGUGCAGAGGUCUCGGCAUUUAUGUCGGGCGGCACUGGGGGUAGCCAAGAGGAUGACCUGGACUGUGUCCAGGGUCUCUUGUCCCUAAGCCAAGGGGCAUGGAGAUAA